CUGGUCAUUUUGGAGGUCCUAAUAUUGGGCUCUUGCGUCAUUUUUCAGCGACACUCUCUGAGCAGCAUGGCAGGAGCAGAGGUAGAGAAGAAACCCACCCUGGAAAUGGUCCAGGCGGAUGGGGCCGACGAGGGCUGUGUGACGUUUGUGCUGCAUGAAGAGGACCACACGCUGGGCAACUCUCUCAGAUACAUGAUCAUGAAGAAUCCAGAAGUGGAGUUCUGUGGCUACAGCAUCACUCACCCUUCAGAGAGCAAGAUCAACUUCCGCAUCCAGACACGAGGAGGUCUGCCGGCUACUGAGGCCUUGCGCAAGGGCUUGAACGAACUCUCAGACGUCGCACAGCAUGUCCUUAGUACUUUCCAGGCACGAGUGCAGGAGUUCAAGGAUCAACAGGACGAGGCGAUGGACUGAGAAAACGCUCGUCCUCACCUCCCUAGAACACGGACGGGGACAUGUGACGGCUCGGACAGCGGAUGCACAUCAUUUGCUUUCAGUCUGAGAUGUGCCGUCGAGGGAUGUGUCUGUCCGGAUUGUUUUUGGACUGUCUGAAGUAUUCGAGGAAGCUCCAACGACUUCAAUAGUUCACUGUGGCUUCCUUUGCUUCCUGUGUUUUUUUUGUACAGAUUUUCUUUCCUGUUUUUGCACAGUUAGAUUCACACCUUGGUUAUGCAACACUUUUUUUAUAUUAAAGACUUCCUCAUGUGGUGAAACAA